CAAGUUCUUUUCCUAUAUUUCACCGAACAAAGAACCCCCCAAAAAAGAAUAAAUCAAAGCUAUAAACCAAUAAAUAAACAAAAAUAAUUCUUGUUUGUUCUUCGAAUUCCGUGCAUAGCGAGCGUCGAGCUUGUUCGGUGAAGAGUUUUCACCGUCAAGAAUGGAAGCCUCUACCGGAGUUUUACGCCGAUUACCCUUUUCCGGGAAGAACCCAUUGGAGUAUAGUUCAAGAUUAUCAUGUAUGAGGGUAAAUUUGGAAUAUAGGAAGAUAAUGGGUGGUGGGUUUUAUGAUGAAGGGUGUAUGGAGUACUAUUCAUCAUGUGGUAGAGGUGGAAGGAUUGUUAGGUGUGGUGGUGGGAAGAAGGAGGAGAAGGAGAUGAAGAAGAAGAUGAAGCUGUUGAAGGGGUUGUCGAAGGAUUUGAGUAAUUUGUGUGAGAUGGGGUUUGGUUGUGAUGUUGGUUUGGUUGAUCAAGUUCAAGGGAAGACAAUUAUGGAGGCCGCGGAUCUAUUGCUUGGACAGCUUCAACAACUAAAGGCGGAGGAGAAGGAGUUGAAGAGGAAAAGAAAAGAAGAAAAAGCACUCAAGAAGAUGAAAGGAGCAAGUCAAGUACAAGGUACAAUGAACUGUGAAAUGUCGUCAUCUUCAAGCUCGUCUUCUGAAUCAAGUGGCGAUGAAUGUCAAAAUUUGGUGGACAUGAAAACCCUGAAGAUCGGAACUCUUGCCCAAACAAUUCCCGAGGCAUGUAACCGAGCACUUGAGAAUGCAACAUUAAAUCCCGCCCUUUCAACUAUAGUUGUUGAGCCUCAGACUCUAAAUCCGGAAGUAGAUUCAUCGGUAGAGGUCUCAAGCACAACAGAGGGAACAACUAGUUUAGAAGUUCCAAUCCCUCAGCCAAAAGGCGAAUGCUGCUUGGUGGAAGCCAGUGAUUGUCACAUUGGUAGCAGGUCUAAUGCAUCUGUAGCAGCAGCAACAACAACAACAGCAGCAGAGACUAAGAGAAUCGAAGUAUGUAUGGGAGGUAAAUGCAAGAAACAAGGCGCCGGAGCUAUACUAGACGAACUCCAACGUGCUGUCGGAUUGGAAGCUGCAGUCUCAGGGUGCAAAUGCAUGGGAAAGUGUAAAGUUGGUCCUAAUGUGAGACUUUCAGGGUGUAGCACCAGCAGCAGCAGCUCCGACGCGUUGCAAGCCAGCGACUCGGUUGCUAUUACCUCUGCUCCUACUCCUACUACUACUACCACUACUACUAGUUCUCUGUGUAUUGGAGUUGGUUUAGAGGAUGUGAGUAUGAUUGCAGCAAAUUUACUUGGUGGUACAUGUCAAGGAGUUGGGCUAGCUAAUGCUAUGGCUUAGAUGUUUUUUUCUGUCAUUAGCUUGUAGUAGAUAGGCUUUUGGGAUUUUAGCAAUGGGGUUUGAAUUGCUUUAUGUUUAUGUAAAAUGUCAUCAAUAUAGACUAUGUUUGCUAUUUAUCCUUUGUAAAUAUUGAGUAUGAAUUAUAUAGUGAAAAUGUUCUUUUUUA